AUGGACAUAAUCGGCCCUAUGCCGAGCUCUCGACAUAAGCGCUUCGUCCUAGUCUUAACUGAUUACUUCACAAAGUGGAUCAAGGCGGAAGCUUUCGCCAACGUAACAGAAAAAGAAGUCCAACGCUUCAUCUGGAAGAACAUCAUCUUUCGCCACGGCCUGCCUUACGAAAUAGUGACUUACAACGGUUCUCAGUUCAUAUCAAACAAGUUUCAAGAAUUCUGCGAAAGGUGGAGGAUCCGACUCAACAUAUCAAGCCCGCGAUACCCACAGAGCAACGGUCAAGACGAGGCAUCCAACAAGAUCAUAAUCGACGGAUUGAAGAAACGCCUCGACUUGAAAAAGGGAUGCUGGGCCGAUGAACUCGACCGUGUUCUCUGGUCGCAUAAGACGACUCCUCGAAGAGCAACGAAAUCGACUCCUUUCUCACUGACCCACGGAGUCGAAGCGAUGGCUCCCGCCGAAGAGAACGUAACCAGCCUACAUCGAUCAAAAAUGCCACAGAACGUCGAGCUUAACAAUGACAUGCUGCUCGACGCUUUGGACGCUAUCGAAGAACGACGCGGCCAAGCGUUUCUCCGCAUCAGAAUUAUCAGCAUCAGAUCGAGAACUACUACAACAAGAAGGUCAGGUCUCGACCUCUCGAGUUGGGUGACAUAG